AUGACAAUGAAUAUGGAACCCCAACCAACAGAGGCAGGGGUGGGAGAGGCGGAGGCUGGCGCCGCCGGCAUCGCCAGCAGCACUUUAAGGCUUCCUGCUGCGGCUGCAUAUCGGAGUGGUGGCGCUGGUAUUAGUCAGAUUGGACAUAACUCUAACUAUAGUACCGGUCGUGGUAGUGAGGACGUUGAUUCUCUCACCUACUCCCAGGAUGGUAGCUCUGUUCGUAUUAAGAGGGAUGGUACAGGAACUAGCAGUAUGCGGUCGGGAAUAGGAGGAGGAGGAGGCAGCAAUAUGAAUUCCCUGCAGCAACAGGCCCCUCCCCCUCCUCUAGUGUCGUCGUGUCCAAUACCGCCAGCACCAGCCUAUUAUGAGGAGGGUAUGACAUUGGAUAGUUUGAUAAGGGCAGCAUGGAGGACCCAAUACCAGGCAUUCCAAGUGAAGAUGCAUGGAGUGAAGGAGGUAGCAGUAGUAGUAGGAGGAAUGAUAGAGACUAUGAUACCGAUGAAGAUAUGCGUGGUGGGGACCGCGACAGGGACCCCUUUGGGUAGCGUAGUGAGAUUUGUCGAACGGAAAUGGGCAAUACAGGUCCAACACUAUGCUAACGACCCGGGUUCUAGUGAUGCUGACCGUGCUAUGUACUCGAUGGUAUGUGGACAGAUGCUGCAUACUGGCUACGGGUGUGAUAAGGAUGAAGGGAAGGCUUAUGAAUAUUUUUCGAAAGCAGCAGCGCUUGGGCAUAGAGAUGCGAAGGUGGUCUUGGAAGCUCGCCAGGAGAUGGUCAACACGCCGCACACUUCCUGCUUUGACUAG